CUAAGAGUUACCUUGGGUUUGCACAUCCUCGUAUUAUAAUCGUUAUCUCGAGAGGACUACUGUGCAAGAGGAAAUCACGCAGUCAAAAAUCUGCUGCGAGAUUUUGGCCCCGCCCAUUAUGUCGCACCCGUUAGGGACGACGAGCUCGCUGGGAGAUCUCCCGUCGCUUGCCGUUGAGAUAUGGCAUAGUUACAGGAUCCAAAUCAUACUCUCGAUCUUUACAACAUUGAUUCUCCUCCGGUUCUAUCUCGAGCACACACAGGGUCGAGACCAAAGCUCUGUGGCAUUUGCGAAGAAGUUUGGGGAACAGACUGUUAAGGAAGAACCAACCCCUACGCCAGUCGAAACCCCCAAGACAUCUACGACACUCGGAAAAACCAAGCCUAGCGGGCCGCGACGGAUCAAAGGCGACGUAAACAAGACCGGCAGGAACGGGACCGCGCAAGCAGAUAUAACCGCGACUGGACGAGAGAUCCUGCCGCUCGUCUUCUUCUCCUCCGUCACAGGCAGGACCGACAAGGUUGCCCGUGAGUAUGCAGCAAGAUUAGACGAAUCCCUGGGCGGCUUGCCUGCUGUGGUAGGAUGUUCGUUCCGGGAGUCCAGGAUUCUGGAUCUGUCCGAGAUUGACUACGACGAGUAUUUCAUCUCGGUGCCCAAUAUUGAGGCCCAGAAAGAAGGCUCGCGUGUGGAGCUGCUGUACCUCCUGCUUCUACCCAGCUUCAACAUCGACACCAUCAACGAUACUUUCCUCGAGCAUCUCCAGGAGACGCACCAUGAUUUCAGGAUAGACACCGCGCCCUUAGCCCCGAUUCUGGGCUACUCUGUGUUUGGGUUUGGCGAUCGGGAGGGGUGGCCAACUGAGGAGGAAGGCUUCUGCUUCCAGGCCAAGGAGGUUGACAAAUGGAUGGCAAAGUUGACAGGGCGCAAGCGGGCCUGCCCACUUGGUAUGGGAGACUCCAAAACCGAUGCAUCAGAGCGGCUUUCAGAGUGGCACGACGGUGUCGUUGACGUGCUGAGCCUUCUCGCACAGACGGGGUCGCUGGGUGAAGGUGUGCGCGGUUCAGGUGAUGCUGUUGAGAGUGAGGAUGAAGGCGGUUCCGACGAGGAAGACGACGAGGUGCUCAUCGAGGACAACGAAUCGAUGGAGAAAAAACCCAAAAAGUCAAAAUCGAAAGCACUCGACGACGUGGAAGACAUUGGGCGCAUGCUAGACACGUCUCGCGCGAAUGGUACAGCACCGCCGGUGGCUGUAGAUUUCACGACAUAUGACAAGCCCAAGGGCGGCAGCAAAAAGCAGCCAGCCAUCCAGACCGUCAAAGAGAUGGUGCCUAAAAGCUCCCCAACCUAUGCGGCGCUUACCAAACAAGGCUACGCAAUCGUUGGCUCACAUUCAGGUGUCAAGAUUUGCCGUUGGACAAAGUCGGCUCUGAGAGGACGGGGCAGCUGCUACAAAUACUCAUUCUACGGCAUCAACUCUCACCAGUGCAUGGAAGCCACACCUUCACUUUCAUGUUCCAACAAAUGCGUUUUCUGCUGGCGCCACGGGACUAACCCCGUCGGCACAACCUGGCGUUGGGUUGCUGAUCCACCCGACAUGAUAUUCGACGGGAUCAGGGCAGGGCACUACCAAAAGAUCAAGAUGAUGCGAGGAGUGCCUGGAGUUAGGGCAGAGCGGUUCGCCGAGGCGAUGCGCAUUCGUCAUUGUGCUCUUUCGCUCGUGGGCGAGCCCAUAUUUUACCCACAUAUCAACGAGUUCCUUCGACUCCUGCACGCCGAGCACAUAUCUUCCUUCUUGGUCUGUAACGCGCAGCAUCCUGACCAACUUGCUGCCCUUGGACACGUGACACAGCUCUACGUGUCCAUCGACGCCUCGAACAAGGAUUCGCUGCGUCGCAUCGACAGGCCGCUACAUCGCGACUUUUGGGAGCGCCUGCAGCGUUGCUUGGAUAUCCUACGGGAGAAGAGGUUCCGACAACGCACUGUCUUCAGACUCACUCUCGUCAAGGGCUUCAACGUCGAGGACGAAGUCGAGGGCUAUGCCGACAUGGUUGAAAAGGCCAUGCCGUGCUUUGUGGAGGUCAAGGGCGUCACAUACUGUGGCACAUCAACUUCUGCAGGCGCCGGUUUGAGCAUGUCCAACGUACCCUUCUACCACGAAGUGACGGAAUUCGUCACUGCGCUUGAAAAGUCACUACGCAAGAGGGGUCUGGCGUACGGUCUCGCGGCAGAGCACGCACACAGCUGCUGCGUGCUUCUGGCUAGCGAGCGUUUCUUGGUGGAUGGCAAAUGGCACACCCGUAUCGAUUACGAAAAGUUUUUCCAGCUUCUGGAGGAGAAGGGACCACAUGGAGACUUCAGCCCUGAGGACUACAUGGGACCCGAGACGCCUGAGUGGGCUACCUGGGGCAACGGAGGCUUCGAUCCCCGUGACCAGAGGGUGGAUAGAAAGGGAAGGCCUAUAGAAGCCUAG